AUGAGAGAUGAGGGAAGACCUGCAGGAACUCUGAACAGCAAGAAGUAUGGUGUGGAUCUGAUCCGAUACACACACGACGCAGAAACUGUGGUCUUCAGCUCUAACAAACUAGAUGAUACAAUUAGAUAUUUGUCCUUAACGGACAACAAGUUCAUCAGAUAUUUCCCAGGCCACACAGCAAGUGUAAUUUCCCUGUCAAUGUCACCUGUGGAUGACACAUUUUUAUCAAGUUCGCUGGAUAAGACCAUUCGUGUCUGGGAUCUCCGUGCACCAAAUUGUCAAGGCCUAACCAAUUCUCUGGGGACGCCAGUGUGUUCUUUUGAUCCUGAUGGACUGAUAUUUGCUGCUGGUGUAGACUCACAGUUCAUUAAAUUAUAUGAUCUACGAGCCUUUGACAAGGGACCCUUUGCUUCAUUUGAGACCAUUUUUAAUCGCGUGUGUGACUGGACUGGACUUAAAUUCAGUUAUGAUGGCAAGCACAUUCUAAUCUCCACAAACGGAGGAAUGAUUCGUAUAUUGAAUGCUUUUAGUGGAGCUGUCAUGCACACCUUUUCUGGUUACAACAACAGCAGAGGUAUUCCAUUAGAGGCUUGCUUCACUCCUGACUCGCAGUUAGUCAUGAUUGGAUCAGAGGAUGGGAGAGUCCAUGUCUGGAGCACUGAAAGUGGGAUGAAGGUGGCUGUGCUGGACGGCAAGCACCCAGGACCCAUCAACACUCUGCAGUUCAACCCCAGAUACAUGACAUUUGCUAGUGCCUGCUCCAACAUGAAAUUUUGGCUUCCCUGUGUUGAUGAUCUUUAA